AUGGCAAGCGAACGGCAAUGGGGCGUCACACAGCCUUUCAACAACGAUCCGCCUACUCCGCGCGACCUUAAAAUCAAUGAUGCGCUCGUUGCUGAAUUGAAGGCUCAGAACAAUUUCCCUCCGCAGAGCGACACCGACAACAGAGAGGCUGUCCUGGCAAGACUAAAGAAGCUGUUGCGACAGAUGGUGCAAAGCGUCGGCAAAAAGAAAGGGCUUCCGCAGGGUAUACUGGAUGUUGCUGGAGGUGAGGUGUUCACCUAUGGCAGCUAUCGCCUGGGAGUGUACGGACCGAACUCAGAUGUGGACACGCUGCUGGUUGCGCCGAAGCAUGUGACACGAGAUGACUUUUUCGACAUCAUGCCGGACCUUCUCCGCCAGUCUACCGGACCUGCAGAGAUUACCGAGCUCGUGCCUGUACGGGACAUCUCUGUGCCAAUCAUUAAGCUCUGCAUUCAAGGUGUGGACAUCGAUCUCAUCUUCGCAAGUCUGCAGCAGUCAUCCAUACCUGAGAAGAUGGACCUCUCUGACGAUAACCUCCUGCGAGGCCUGGACGAGACGGACCGGCGCUGCGUCAAUGGGACACGUGUGACGAAUCGUAUCCUUGAUUUGGUCCCUCAAUCGAGAAUCUUCCGCUACGCUCUCCGCGCGGUAAAGCUCUGGGCUCAGCGUCGUGCAAUCUACGGCAAUAUUGUGGGCUUCCCGGGUGGUGUCGCGUAUGCUAUCCUGGUCGCCCGCGUCUGUCAACUAUAUCCCAAGGCUGCUGCGCCUCUUAUAGUCCAGAAGUUCUUCUUCAUUAUGAAGCGCUGGAACUGGCCAAGACCUGUGUUCUUACAGCACAAAGAAGAGACAUCACUCCAGCUACGUGAGUGGGACCCUGUCGCAUACCGUGGUGACGCUGCUCACCUCAUGCCGAUCUUGACGCCAGCAAUUCCGUCUACCAACACAGCACACACGAUCUGUAAGUCGACCAAAAUCGUCAUGAUGGCCGAGCUCCAGCGUGGCGAAGAUCUUGCCACCGACAUCUACAUGAACAGCAAGCCCUGGAGCACACUUUUCACCAGACACCAGUUCUUUACCGAGGCUUACAAGCAUUACAUUUGUGUCAAUACAGCGGCGAGAACGAAAGAUGCACAAGACAAAUGGUCUGGUCUAGUGCAGUCGAAGAUCAAGUGGCUAGUCACAGGCAUCGAGAACUCGGGCGCCAAGAGCGUUGAGCUAGUUCAUCCGUACAACAAAGGAUUCGAUCGUGUACAUGAGUGCAACAGCGAAGAGGAGAUGACCAAGGCGAAGGAUGGCAGCCUUGACUAUCAAGCCAAGGACAUCAAGACUCAGACUACAGACCAAGCUGCUGAUGUGAAGAUGCAACUUGCUGCUCAAUCCGCCAUGGAUGGAGUCGAGAUGACUGCGACAAAUGGCGAGGAUGCGCCAGCAGAUCAACACGGUGCUGAUGGUCAGUCUCAGUGGCCACAGAAGGUGUACACCACGACCUACUACCUCGGCAUCGGUCUGGUCAAGGGCGCGAAAGACCUUGACAUUUCACUUCCCGUCCGCAACUUCUCCGGCGACUGCACAGGAUGGGCAGGCUAUGACGCAGACCUGCAUUCAAUAUGCAUCAAGCACAUCAGGAACUUCGACCUUCCUGCGGACGUCUUCGUAGACGGCGAAAUUCGCCCUACACGGCCUAAGAAGAAGGCUAAGGCGACCACGAACGGCGUAGACAAUGCGAGUAACAAGCGCAGCUUUCAGGUUGCGGGGAUCGACGUACGUGAAGAUCGAGAUAGCAAGCUGGCUGAGGCUGCGUGA